ACUCGUAGAAGAAAACGAGCCUAGCGUUAGCAACAUAGCGCACGAUAACAGGCUUUCAGCGAAGUUUCCUAAAGCUUUAUCAUUUCAAACCUCACCAUUUCAAUUGCUCGGCCCCCGGCCGCUCAUUAAUUAAACCGCAUAACAUCCAGAAAUGGACCAAUUCGAAACACCUUACGAUGUUGAGGCUGACUUUAUUGAAUGCACGGUCUGUGACAAAUCCAUACGGGGAGACACCUUGUACAAGAUACACAUGACUACACCAGCGCAUUUGAAGAAAGAGGAAGGCUUAGUCACUUCGGGGCUUGCAGUCAGAAAAAGAGGCGUACUGGACUUUAAGGACAUUUUACAAUACCUGGAAUACCUGAAGCUCAACGAGCCCAUCAUUGGUUUGAGCUAUUUGGAAGAAGUCCCUUGUAAUGAUGAACAAGAAAACCUCAGCUACUUUUGUAGGCUAUGUCACCUGACUGUAAACCUAGUCGAAGCGGUCCACCAUGUGAUUGGACGUAAACACAGGCAGAAAUAUGUGGAAAUCGAACGGCCGGACUUGGUGACCUGGGAUAAACAAUCUGUAAUACACCAAGCAGGAAAGAUCAUACGGACCCGAGCAGAAAUAAUAGAGAGACAGGAUGGAAGUGGGACUCCAACGCCAUUGGCAAAAAAGAGGCAUGAAAGCAAGUCAAACGCAUCAAGAGUUCCUCCAAGGCAGAAGCAAAAUAGUUUGACCCCAAAAGACGUGCCGCCACGGUUUCCACAGUUUAAGGCCAACAUGGGGGAGAACUCUGGCCGAGGGUACCCGAAUACGCCGUCAUUCCACACAGAGGAACCUUCCAUGAACAGAGACAGACAGAUGUACCAGCGGGAGGAUGGUCUCAGCCGUGGAUACAUGAAAGACGAGCAACACAGUGCAGCUUACAUGAAUAACAACAUGUACGGAGAAGAAUAUAUGGACCCUAAUAAUAGCAUCCAAUAUGAACAAGAUCCACAAAUAAGAGACCAACAGGAGCCGUGUGGUGGUACCAGGUAUGAUAAUUGGGAGGAGGUGCCAAUGCCCCAUGGCCAGACUGAGAAUUUUGAUUAUUUUCCAGAGGAGGCUCCUCCUUACAGAGGAUCCUACCCAGAAAAAGAUGCUCCGAAGGACUUCUACUCUGAGGAAGCUUGGUGCUGCAAAGCCCGUUCUGAGUAUGAGCCCUCACAGCCGUCGUAUCCAGAUGAUGAACGCCAGUGGUCUCUGGACAGAGAAUCAGUCAGACAUGACGAUAUGAGUAGAGCAAGUCGGCAAGGAUCAAGUGAACCAAAGGCCAAGAGGAGGAGCUUUUCCACACCUGUGGAGAGUGACUUAUCACAUGAUCAUUUGUUUGGUAUUAUCAACGAUUAUAGGCACAACCAGAGAGAACUGUGUGAAGAGGUAGCUUCUAACCCCGGGAUGAGCAGAACUGGACCCCCUUCCUCCCGGAGACGAGUGGACGUGACUAAAACCAUAUCUGGCAUCCCAGAGCCGUUCAGGCGCUUUCUGACGGGUGCCACUAGUGAUGAGGGAUGUGGGAAAAGAAAACGAAAAAGUCGCUUCUCUGAUGCCACUGCAGAGGAAGUGGAGAGGACAAAGGAGAUUCUCCGUAAAGAACAUGGAUACCCAAAUCCAAAGUUCGUUGGGCAUCAGAGACCAGUUAGUGAGACAGUGCGACCUGAAAUCCACCGAACACAACAUCCUGACCACUACACGUCAUCACAGAGCCAACAUCAUCCUGAAAGCUACCACAGAGAAGGCUUGCGGUCAGAGGGGGUCUUUGAUCUGCUGAAAGGAAUUGAAAUUGAGAAUGCAGAGGAGGCUGAUUUCCUGAAGAACAAACUUUGCAGCCUUCUGAGAGAAUUUAAGUCCAAAAAAUCUGAGCAGACAGCGCACAACAGCCAAGGCGGAGCAGUCCACAAGAACGAAUACAACAGCUUGAACCCGGACCUGCAGCUUCCUCCACGACACCAGUAUGAGAGAACACGCAGAGAAGAUUCAGACCAUCGACGAUCACAAGACACAAGUUUCCAAGAUGGUUCCAGAGGACGAGGUUGGCAGCAGCAUGAGUAUAUGCCUGUCGAACAGCGCCAAGAACACCAUCAUUCUGAACGCAAGGAACCAGGAACCUCAAAUAGAAGCCGUUAUGAAGAGGCCUUUGGGCACCCUGGAAUGUCUCGGACACCACAUGCUCCCUUUUCAGACAAGCCAGAACAUUACCCUGAAAUGUUUAAAGAACCCAUGAACCCUCGUGGCUACCGACCCGCUGCUGAGGAGUAUUUCGACUGUCCCUCUGCUGCCCUACGCAUGGCCGAAGAACCUAGGAUGCAGAGCGGCUCUCGGUUCUCCACCAACCUGGACAAAAUCACCUCCACCCUCCUGGAACUUGUGGCAAGAAAACAACAAUGAGAUUUCUGCAGAUGUUGGUUAAAUUAAUAUCUAUUGUUUGAAAGGAAUUCUUUGAUUUAAAAACUAGGUUUUAAGUUAAAUUCCCUUUUUUGUUUUUUUAGUUGUUUGCUUUAAACUUGUGAAGAAAUGGGUUCUUGAAUAAUUUUUCUAUGUAGAGAUUAAAACAUUUGUCUUCUGCA